AUGACCGACGUCGUUGGCUGGGCUACAAAGAAAACCUCUGACGGACUCAUCUCUGGAGAGAUCAACCAGAACUGGCUGUUCUGCAUCCCUAUUCAGGUUGGCCCGGCCACCGAAUAUGCCAGGGGUGCUCGGCAUUGGUUCGCCUUCAUCAUCCUUACGCAAGUGGGCCAAGCCGUGGCGCAGCUGAUUCUGAGCGGUGCUUUGCUGACGUCCGUGAUGAUGGCUGUGACCGCACUCAUUGGGCUUUAUGCUUGGUAUCAAGAUAUGAAUAUCACAUAUAUCUGCCUCUGGGGAGCUGCCAGUCUCUUCCAGGGGCUCAUGACCUGUAUCUCCAGCUUGCUUCCAGCAAUCACCGGAGUGCUGUCGUUUGACGUUUGGAGCCUGGUGCUGCUCAUAAGCGUUCCUGUGGUGUAUUUCCUGGCAGCAGCAUUUGCCUGGCAUCUUUACAACGACUACGCGGAGGAUCACGGGAAAAAAGCUUACGCCUUCGAUCCUUUCGGAAAGUAUGCAGCCAAGUACGACCCUUUGGCGAAGGUGCCCAUAUCGGACAGCGUUCUGGUGACCCAGCUGCACUUGCUCAAGAUCAAGAUGCGACCGGUGACAGUGCUGUCACUGCACAUGCUGUCUUUCGAGAUUCCAGGUGCCAUGCUGAUGUGUCUGCCAUCGCAUGGCCAGCUGCUCUUUGGCCUUGGGGAGGCCAUAGGUGACAGCGAGGGCGAAUUCGGAGAAGUGGCCGCCUUGAUGCGACUAUCUCUCAAGGCCUACCAGGCCACGCUGCAGGCGACCAAGACAGACUUUCAGUUCGAGGUAAGCCGAGAGGGUGAAGGUCGAGACUGCUUGGUCAUGCCGCCUUCUAACUUCGCGCUCCUGGGCCUGAAGGAUACCUUUCACAUGCUCCUCAAGGGUUACCGAGUGCUCCUCAUCGUGCAGCCACGGUUCUUCCCGCACUUUCGGGAAAUACAGCUAGACUUGGCCAGUUGCGGUUUGCCAGAUGGUCUUGUGGAGGUUCUGCCUGGCAUCACUCCUGAUGCUGAUCCAGAGGUUCUACACGAGGCCCUUAGGCACGUGGACCGGUUGCAGUUCACAGGUUCCUCGGACAUGUUCAAGAGCCUUGUUUUGAAGGCUCUUGAGUUGGGGAACCUGCGCAUGGAGCAUGCCGGUGAGGUCAGCGGCUUGAACAAGGUUCGCUUGGACAACGUUUCAGUGUCGCAUCCAGCUGUGGCACGUGGUACGUGCUGGGCCGCCAUGGCGCGCAAACAACGGCGAGCUGUGCACAUCUGCCGCGUUGUCAGCUUUUUGACGGUGCUUCAAAUGGAGACGGCAAAGAGGAGAGAGGAGGAGAGUAAAGCCAAAGAGCGGUUGGCAGUCCAAGCAAGGUUUGAUGCAUCCGUGGGAGACAACGCUGAGAUGGUCAAGGCUGCUUUAGACGAGGCACAAAAGGCCUUCAACAUCGGAAGAGACCCUGCUGACACCGGGCUCGACAUACUCUUGAGAGACGGGAAGACGGAUCAGCUGGAAGUGAAGACACAGGAGCCAGCUGAUGGAUUCCGGGAGUGGUGGGAGAAAGCCAUCCUGGCCACCCCGAGGGAUGGGCCGCUUCAGCUACGGACAAAUCAGUCCCUAGGACACUGCGUCUACGCACCAAGCAUUAGCCGUGCCGUCGAGCUCGGGACCAAAGAGGAUGCGUCGAACAUCUAUUGCGUCGGGGUGCCUGAGGACGCAUCGGCCCCAUCUGCACGUGCGGGCACCACGGGCGCCAAGCUGCCAGAGAGUGCCUUCGGCGGAAUGAAGAGUUACACUUAUGCCGUCGCUGGUGACCAUGAUGGCGUCGGCACUGUCCAGACCCUCUUUGACAUCACCAAGCGACGAGGUCCAAACUACCGCGAUCAGGAGGAGGCAUACGCUCAGUACGAACUGACGGAAGUGGCUGAGAUGCUUCUCGAAUUCCUGUCGCCAAAAGAUCAGAUGAGCUUCACGAAGCAAAUCUCCAACGUGUUGGAGAUCUUCUCGGCUUUCCAGCCAGAGCUCACGGCGGCCUACGGAGGGCAAGGACUAGUGAAUGCAGAGGGCCGGAGCCAGUUGGUGACGCUGCAAGUGCUAAAGCCGUCCCGGAAGCAGCUCCUGAUCCCACGUGGAGUUGGCCUGCCAGAGGACAUAGUGAAGAUGGCCGCCUUGUGCGCAAUGUCACCUUUGAAAGAGAUUCCAGUUGACCUGCAUCUGCUCUCGGCCGCUCAGGCAGGCAAGCUGCGUGUAACUGAUCCGCUGAAGUCGUUCUUGAAGGUCGUAGACAAGAAUUUGGGCUGGAGGGUGCACUACCACGAGGACACGGACAUGUUCGUGUCGUCACUGAAGAGUGCAGAGUACCCACCGUACUUCUUUUGCAUCAAGGAUAAGCAUCUUUUGCCAUUGGAGGUCCUGAAGGCAGUCGCUGAGCAAGGCGGAUACAUGUACGAAGAUUUGCCCAGCGAUCCUUUCUCUUUGUUCCGAUGCCUGACCGCGACACAGGCAUGGACCGUGGCGUGCACAGAAGCACAAGCAGCUGAGGCUGGUGAAGCUUUGAUGAAAGCCUGGCAGACGGCGGGCCUCCGGCAGGCCACGUGCGGCCCAUCGCGGCAAUCCUAG